AUGACAGCAAAAUCGGCCAGAGAGGACCGGAGGAAAGGCUGGACUGAAAUAACAACAAUCAUGAAGCGGGCCUCUAACUUUGAUGAUACUCGAAAGCUCUAUUACCUUAUUCCUCAGGCUAGUGGUAAGCUGUCUUCACUGAAUGACUCAGUUCGUGAUGUGAAUGGUGGCUUUAUUGCUGACAACGUGGCCAAGGUCAAGCGCUGGCGUGAGCAUUUCGAGCACCUCCUCAACUGUGGUACGAAGCCUACCGCGCCCAACCCCUGCUUCAUCUACAACAGAGCCUCCUCCAUCUCUUAUUUAUCCAGUGCCAUGCGACCCGCCUUCUGA